GAGAGAGAGAGAGAGAGAGAGAGAGAGGACUUCAAAUAAACGUAAUGUCGGCAGAUGAAGUUUUCACUCACACUGCGCCGUGGGGCUUUUACGAUUUCAAACUAACCAUCCAGACUCUCCUCCGACUGACAUGUCGCGAUGUUCCCUGCAGCCUUACGAAACGUGGACUUGCUUUGGGUGAUUUUGUUUUAUUUUGUGUUUCUGCCCGGCACUGGCUGUGGAUCAGCCGAUGCAGACAGCUGUCAUGAGGUGAAGACAGCCUACAUGAUGCGCCAAAUAGGCCCCGUGGAGCUGGUGCCAGACCGGCCGGGAGCAGAUGAGUCUUUGCGAGUGUGUGUCCACUCUGGGCCCAGCUGCUGUACCAGUAAGAUGGAGGACAGCUACAUGGCAGCUGUUCGCAGCGAGACGCAGCAGAAGAUGCGGUCCUACAGCUUUGAACUGAAGUAUCUGAUCGCGGGACAGACCAAGGCCUUCCGAGAGACCUUUGAGUCGCUCGUGUCCUUCACGUCUAACCUGACCAGCACUCUGUUUGACAGCGCUUACUCUGCUCUUGCGUCAGACUGUCGCCCCCUUGUGUUUCAGCUGUUCAGCGACGUCAAACGUCACGUUUCUGGGAACUCUAAUUCCACACUGGACCACAUUGUGCGGCGGUUCUACAACGAUCUUUUCCCGUUGGUGUACCGCCGCCUCCUCAAUCCCGGGGUGGGCCGCACGUCGCCCGAGCCCUAUUCCUCCCCCUCCGAACAUCACGACGACUGCCUGCGGAUGACCCGGCAGGACGUCGGCCCCUUCGGACCCCACCCGGGUCUGCUGGUCAGAAGCUUGUCCCGGGCGCUCGGUGUGGGCCGAGCGCUGAGCCGGCUGCUGGCGCUGGCGGGAGAGGUCGUGAACGCGGCCGAGAAGGCGUCGUUGUCCAGAGAGUGCGGACGGGGCCUAGUGAGGAUGCAGUACUGCUCCCACUGUAGAGGGAUGACGACGUUGCGGCCCUGUACCGGACUGUGUGUCAACAUUAUGAGAGGAUGUCUGGUCGGCGUUUCCGAGCUCGGUGCCCCCUGGGGAAGUUUGGUGGUGUUGCUCCAACGCUUAGCCGCUACUUUAGCAACCAGCAGCAACCACAACAGCAUGGAGCUAGCUCUGUUAGCGGUCCGCAAUCAAGUGAAUGAUGCUAUACUGCACGCACAGUUGCACGGGCCUCGCAUUACAGCCACAGUAGAGAAGGUGUGUGGGCCCCAGGCAGCUGGUCCCAGGAGGCAGACUGCAAACCCUGCCACCGCGCUUAUUUCAUCUCUGAGCACUUUUCCAUCAGUGACCUCAGAGAGGUCCAACGAGACAUCGCCUCCCUCGGCGGCUGCUCGCCAACGUCUGCCGCCACAAUCCCGGAGGUCAUUCGUCCUCAAAGGGUCCAGAGGUGACAAGAGUCGCAGCUUGAAAAAACUGUCACGGGAGUUUGAGGGCUCCAUCCAGCGGUACCGGUGGUUUUUCUCCGAGCUGCCAGAGAUGCUUUGUGAAAGUGAGAUGGAGGUUGAGCAGCACACGUGCUGGAGUGGCCAGGACGUCAUAGAGAGCUACGCAGGUCGUGUGGUUGGCAGCAGUUUUAAAGAACAGAAGGAGAACCCCGAGUUGACUGUCCGUAAUACAGAUCCUGUCCUGAAGGGGGCGAAACAGAGGCUGGAGCAGCUAACACAGGAGCUGUUAGUGGACCUUGGCUGGGCGAGCAAAAGCAGAGGGAAAGUGGAAGAAGAAGAGGAGGGAGGGAGUGCACAGAUGGAAAGAGGCAGCGGAGAUGACUGCGAUGAUGAAGAUGGCUGUGAUGCAUCUGGUGUGGAAAACGGUGACACAUCCAGCGGUCGUAGUCCAGUGACAAAGGAGUUGGCUCCUGCCCGUCGUCCCGUCCCUCCUCCUCCUCCUCCUCCUCCUCCUCGCCUCCCUCCUCCACAGGUUGCUCGAGGCUCAGCUCACACGUUGUCUAUCGAACCUCUGGCCCUGGCGACCACGCUGCUUCUUCUUCUGCUGUCGCCGUGGUAACAUCGCUGAUCACGGCGAUGCGGCCUCACAGAGACAAAAAAGACUGAGAGGCAGCCACAAAAAAACGUUUGGUGGUGAAGUUGAGUAUUCAUAAUUCCUUUAAGUACAGGUCUACCACUCUGAUUGUUUUUUGUUUUGGGUGGGACAAGCUUUCGUUACAUCACAGUUACAGGUUUACACAUUUCUACAUUACCUGGACUGACCUCCACAUGUGUUCGUUUAUGUGAAUUUAACUCUGACAGGAUAGACGGCACAGCACUACUGACUUUUUUUUUUGAAGAGAGAUGUAAAUACAAAUAUAUAUAUAUUAUAUAUUUAUAUAAAGAAUUUUGAUAGAUAACAAUGACUUGAUGUGUAAAUCGACAAUAAUACAUAGAACAUAGCAGAAUGAUUUGGAUGGUUAGCGUUGUUUUGUUCAGUUUGACCUUUACAUUGGGCAUCCCCCACAGAGACCGAGACCCAUGACAGCUGUAGGUCAAGUUGAAGACUUCCUGUGUAACCGCAGUGUACUCACGGGGAAGUGAAGACCUGUAUUCAAUUCGCUCGUUGGCCAAAACAAUCUGUAAUGCGACACUUCAGAUAAUUUACACAUAGCCUCCCCGCAUAAUGAAGCAGAUUGAAGCCCCCCCCCCCGGCACUUUCUUUCACAUAAACAUGGCGUUUGUUAAAUGCAAGCUGGCGAUUUUUUUAAUGUUUGCAGAAUGUAUGCUGAGAGAUUUAACUGUACAGCACUUGAUCAACAUUUUAAAUCCCCCCCCCAAAAUGACUAUUUAGUAGCAGAGAUCUCCCCUAAGAAACAUUUGACUUCCUAGUUGGACAUUUUACAGAUUUAACUCAUUUCAUAUUAGCUGAGGGGAAACUGAGUUCACACUGAUUUCUGUACAAAGUGCAGUUGUAAACGCACCAGAAAGAGAGAAAGAUGUAACAGCUUCCAUUUCCCCCUCACUUCGCCCUCCCCCAAUCCCUCCAGCCCUCCUUGGCAGAAAGCUUUGUUAUAAAUAAAAGUAUCAUAAUCAAUAGAAUCCACCUUAAACAUGAGAAGUGUGGAAGAGCAAAAAGACACAAUCGUCUGUCUGGACAUCUAAAAAUAGCAAUUUUAUAUAAAUCGACUCGUAUCUGGGCAGUGAGCCCAAACACUUGCUAGCAUAAGACUUUUAUAACAUGAUAUUUUAAAGAAGUUGGCUGUUAUUUGAUUCCUAUUUUUGAUGUCAUACCCAAAUGGGAUGUUAUUUUGUAUUUAAGCAACCUCACUCAGCUAUUGCUUGGCAAUCUACAUAAACAAGACACCAACUGGUACCAAUGCACAUAGUGUAUAAAUAAGUGAAUGUAAACAACAACCGUAACGAAUAGCAAGUGUGAAUUUGUAAGUGCUCGUUUGUAUGUGAGAGCAAGUUAAUUUCCUUCUUGUCACUUCUUCUUAGCAUGUGUGUUGGAGCAUACUGUUAUUUCAUGGAGGGGGGGGGGGGGGGGAUCAGAAUUUAAUUAAAUGUGCUUUUUCAAAGUUUAACAGUUAUUUUUGUGUAGAAAUCUUAAUAUUGUGGUAGCAGGAGGCCGGAACACCAGGAUGAAACAAACAGCUAGUUAGCUGCAGCGCUAUGGUUUCUCUUCCCAAGCUCUAAAAAACAACUGCAGUAAGAUCAUUUGACCUAACCAGUGACUCUUUUGUGAAAUGUAAAGGAACCUGCUCUAGUAUAUUGUCCCGCUUCUCUGCUUUGUUGUUAAUCUCCAGCUUAAUAUUAUCAGUAAUAAAAUGUUUUCAAAGACG